AUGGCCGUGAACUUCACCGGGGCCGAGUGGGCUUUGCUGGACCCUGCCGUGAGGCGCCUGUAUAGAGACAUGAUGCUGGAGGCCUGCAGGCACCUGGCCUUCGUGGUUCUCCUGCGUCGACACAGAGGGCGCCUGGUGAGCACCGUGCGGGUGACCUUCCUGUCCCUGAAAACAGAGGACUUGGUUCCUGUACCGGUCAUCCCCACACCUUCGCAGUUUUCCGUGGAGGAAGGUGGUGGAAGCAAGACUCAGCUCAGCAUCUCCAAGUUUGGCAUGAAGGAAUCCACCAUGGAGUCAGUCACCUUUGAAGACGUGGCUGUGAUCUUCACCCGGGACGAGUGGUCUCUGUUGAAUCCUGCCCAGAGGUGCCUGUACAGAGACGUGAUGCUGGAGGCCUGCAGGCACCUGGCCUUCGUGGGAGAGAAGCAGAUGUUCCCUGAUGCUAGUGACCAGCAGCACAUGAAGAAGCGACAAAAGAACUCUCUUCCACAUGACUUCGUACAGGAGGGCAUCUGCUGUCCGGCCGCUGAGGGGACACCCUCUCUGAACUCGGGUGACCUCAGGCGAUGCCCUCUGUGGGGUUCUGGCACCUGGAACCAAACAUCCAAAGAACGCAAAGUGUGUGGGGAGACUUUCAGUGUCACCAACCUGCUGACGAGUCACAUCAGGGAGCGCCACGAUGAGAUGCCUUAUGUGUGUGAGUUCUGUGGGAAGGGCUCCUGCUACCCUACAUACCUGCAGGCUCAUGCUGAGAUCCAUGUUGACCUCAAGAGGCCCUUUAAGUGCCCUGAGUGCCCACAGAGGUUCCAGUAUUUCUGUAUGCUGCGCGACCACGGUAAAGUGCACUCUGGGAUCAGGUCAUUCACCUGUGAGCCGUGUGGGGAAAGCUUCAGGACUCGCUGUCAUCUGCUUAAGAACAGCCGGACCAAAACUAGGGAGAGGCCGUAUGACUGCGAGAAGUGUGGGAAUAGUUUCAGGACUCGCUCGUCUCUCCUUCAACAUAGUCGGACCCAUACUGGGGUGAGGCCAUAUGACUGCAAGCAGUGUGGGAAAAGCUUCAGUACUCGCUUGAACCUGUGUAAUCACAGCCGGACCCACCUCGGGGAGAGGCCGUAUGAGUGCGAGCAAUGUCGGAAAAGUUUCAGAACUAGUUCAAACCUGUAUGCGCACACCCGGACCCACACAGCGGAGAGGCCGUAUGACUGCGAGCAGUGUGGGAAAAGCUUCAGGACUCGCUCGGACUUGCGUAAGCACAACCAGACCCACACCGGGGAGAGGCCAUAUGACUGCAAGCAGUGUGGGAAUAGCUUCAGGACUCGCUCAUGUCUACUUCGGCACAUUCGGACCCACACCGGGGAGAGGCCGUAUGAGUGCGAGCAAUGUCGGAAAAGUUUCAGAACUAGUUCAAACCUGUAUGCGCACACCCGGACCCACACCGGGGAGAGGCCGUAUGACUGCGAGCAGUGUGGGAAAAGCUUCAGGACUCGCUCGGACUUGCGUAAGCACAACCAGACCCACACCGGGGAGAGGCCAUAUGACUGCAAGCAGUGUGGGAAUAGCUUCAGGACUCGCUCAUGUCUACUUCGGCACAUUCGGACCCACACCGGGGAGAGGCCGUAUGAGUGCGAGCAAUGUCGGAAAAGCUUCGGGACUCGCUCGGACCUGCUUAAGCACAGCCGGACCCACACCGGGGAGAGGCCGUAUGACUGUGAGCAGUGUGGGAAAAGCUUCGGGACCCGCUCGCACCUGCGUAUGCACAACCGGACCCACACCGGGGAGAGGCCACAUAACUGCAAGCAGUGUGGAAAAAGCUUCAGGACUCGCUCGGACCUACUUAAGCACAGCCGGACGCACACCAGGGAGAGGCCAUAUGCCAGUGAGCAAUGUGGUAAAAGCUUCAGAACUAGUUCAAACCUACAUGUGCACACCCGGACCCACACAGGGGAGAGGCCAUAUGCCUGUGAGCAAUGUGGUAAAAGCUUCAGAACUAGUUCAAACCUACAUGCGCACACCCGGACCCACACAGGGGAGAGGCCAUAUGACUGCGAGCAGUGUGGGAAAAGCUUCGGGACUCGCUCGGACCUACGUAAGCACAGCCGGAACUACACCGAGGAGAGGCCAUAUGCCUGUGAGCAGUGUGGGAAAAGCUUCGGGACUCGCUCGGACCUGCUUAAGCACAGCCGGACCCACACCAGGAGAGGCCUUAUGCCUGCGAGCAGUUGUCCUGAGUGCAGCAAGGCCUACGGCUGCCGAUCCUACUUCAGAGGCCACCUGCAGACUCACCAGUUGACCCUGCCCCUCACCUGCGGGUAG